GGGGCCGAAAAGCGUCAAAAGCUGCAGGCGGAGAUGGACAAGGUCAAGGAGAUCAUGUUGGACAAUACGAAGAAGAUCGCUGAGCGUGGAGAUCGGCUGAGUCACCUGGAAGAGAGGGCUAGCGCACUCUCAUACGCCAGCCAGAAUUUCAAGCGGUCCGCUUCUGACGUCCGGAAGCGCAUGUGGUGGAAGAACAUGAAG